GGAAUUUCGGCCCUCUUCCAGUAACAUCAGCCGGGACAUCGUGACGCUUUUUAUUAGUUUUUUUUUUUUUUUCUUCCAGGUGCUCAUUAAGAGGGACGGGUGGUUUCUCUGACGCGUGUCUCGGUCCUCUGACGGCAUCUGCCCCCUUUAUAAGCCUCAGCAAGUCACCCGAGAGACCCCCACCGCCGUUUCGCUUUACAGUUGCCCACCGUUCAAAGAGGGACGCGUAUUUCAAUGCUGCUGGAACUGUGAUGCUCGUUUUCUUUGCUCAUCUGCCCACACGCAUGACUCUGGAAAGACUUUUGGUCUUCAUGUCCUCCCGUUCCUAGCAGAAGACCACUGCGACAAUGACCAUCCAUGCAGAGGGGCUUGUGGCUAUCGCGGUCUUCUAUCUCCUCAUUCUGUUCGUGGGCAUCUGGGCGGCAUGGAAGAACAAACACUCCGGGGAGGCUGAGGGCACCGACCGCAGCGAAACCAUCAUGGUCGGAGGGAGAGACAUCGGACUAUUUGUCGGUGGAUUCACAAUGACAGCGACCUGGGUGGGUGGAGGAUACAUCAAUGGCACAGCUGAGUAUGUGUAUCUUCCCGACUACGGCUUGGCUUGGGCUCAAGCCCCAUUUGGAUAUGCUCUCAGUCUGGUUGUUGGUGGUCUUUUCUUUGCUAAGCCCAUGCGCUCCAGGGGUUAUGUCACCAUGCUGGACCCCUUCCAGCAACUUUAUGGGAAACGCAUGGGUGGUCUUCUCUUCAUACCUGCAUUCAUGGGUGAGAUUUUUUGGUCUGCUGCCAUCCUGUCCGCCCUCGGUGCUACUCUGAGUGUCAUUGUGGACAUCAACAUCAAGAUGUCAGUGGUUAUCUCUGCACUCAUAGCAAUCUUCUACACCCUGGUUGGAGGACUGUACUCUGUGGCCUACACGGAUGUCGUGCAGCUGUUUUGUAUCUUUAUUGGCCUUUGGAUCAGCGUCCCUUUUGCUUUGACUAAUGCUGCGGUGUCAGACAUCACCGUCACUGCAGUGAAGAGGGUUUAUCAGUCGCCGUGGAGAGGCAGCAUCAAGAAGGAAGACACCUGGAUGUGGGUUGACAACUUCUGUCUUCUGAUGCUGGGAGGAAUACCUUGGCAAGUGUAUUUCCAAAGGGUGUUAUCUGCCUCCUCCGCCACCUAUGCACAGGUUCUCUCUUUCCUGGCCGCGUUUGGAUGCCUUGUCAUGGCCGUGCCCUCCGUUCUCAUCGGAGCCAUUGGGGCCUCCACAGACUGGAACAAGACCAGUUAUGGUGGUGAAGCUCCUAAAGACAAAGAUGAAGCAGCAAUGAUUCUCCCCAUUGUGCUGCAGCACCUUUGUCCGCCAUUUGUUUCUUUCUUCGGUUUGGGCGCUGUGUCUGCCGCUGUCAUGUCCUCUGCAGACUCCUCCAUUCUGUCUGCAAGCUCCAUGUUUGCAAGAAACAUCUACCAGCUUGCCUUCAGACAGUCAGCAUCCGACCGUGAAAUUGUGUGGGUGAUGCGAAUCACAAUCUUUGUAUUUGGCGGGCUUGCCACCCUGAUGGCCCUGGGCGCUGGCACGGUUUAUGGCCUCUGGUACCUGAGCUCAGAUCUGGUUUAUGUCAUCAUCUUCCCGCAGCUCCUCAGCGUGCUCUUCGUCAAAGGUACAAACACGUACGGCUCGGUGGCUGCGUACAUGUUUGGCCUGGUGCUGCGCAUAGGCGGGGGUGAGCCCUACCUGCACCUGCCUCCUUUCAUUUAUUACCCAGGCUGGACGACCGAGCAGCGGAAGCACCAGGACUCAGAUGAAAUGGAGGAAAUUAUCAUACAGAGGUUCCCCUUUAAGACUGUCUCUAUGUUGGCCUCCUUUUUCGGCAACUUUGUUUUCUCUUACCUGGCGAAGUACUUGUUCGAGAGCGGAAAGAUUUCACACAAAUAUGACUUUCUGGAUGCCGUGGUGUCCAGCCGCAGUGGGGAGAUAAUGGAUAAAACUACUCUUGUUACCCGAGGCAACAACAUCGGGCUGUCGGAGUUAGCGCCUGUCAAACCGCGGCUGAGUGUGACCUUGGCAGCCGCCUUUACCCGCCGUGACACGCUGCCAGAGGAAACAGUUGAAGAGGAAGAGGAAGAGUCCAGCCCUGACUUCUCACAUAACGAAGAAUAAUAAAACCUGGAUUUCAUAAAAAUGUAAAGACAGAAUACCUGACUGAACUGGCAGGAGGCCAAGAGACAAGAAGAAAAUAUCCUCUUUCUGGACUUUAAAGUACUCGGACAUCCCACUUAAUUGGAUAAGAGCCACAUGUCAGGAUAUUAGACUCUAAUUAUAGCCGCUUUCUGAUUAUCACACCUACAUAUUUAAAUAUAUACAUAGAAAGCACUUAUACAUUGUCACCUUGCAUACCUCAUGCCUUUUUAACUGGGUUAGAGGUAUAUGAUAAGUCCAAUUUAUUUGACUAUUCAGCACUAAAGAAAAGAAAGUCUUCAGAUUUCUGUUUAUCAUCCAAAAUCAUGUAAAACAAUUGACAAAUACUUUAUAAGAAUUGACAGCACAACUACUGUUUGGAAGGGAAUUAAUAAAAAGCAAUAAUAUAUACAGCUUCACACACAUGCAGCAAUUGCAAUGUAACCUGAUGAUAACUAUAGCAGUAGAAUAGAUCAGCUGUAGGUAAUUAUGAAAAAAUGCAUCUAUUCUUCAUUAUGUCAGUUGUUCACAGUGAAAUCUGAAGCUGGUGAUUUAAAAAGGAAGUGUUUCUUUGAAUGGAAACACCACUAUAUUUCCUAUUAUUAUUUUAUACUCUUACUAAAGAACAAACAGUGAUUUGAAAAAAAUGCAAUGAAGUGAAUCAAAAAUACCCAAGCAGAAAUUACUGUAGUUGGCUGAAGCAUUUGCUUUUGCUCUCAUUAAUGUUGGCCGUAGAAACAGUUUAGUCAAAAAAAAAAAAGCUUGGUGUUUUAAAUGAACUUGUAUUCAACUGCCUUAAAGAUGCUCCUAAAAGAGAUAUUUUGCUUUCACUGUUCUGACCAGAUUCAUGAGACACUGGAGUAAGAAAGACUUUACAAUGAAUGUAAAAUCUGCAGUAGAUCUGGUUUAAAUUAAAUGGGACACUUCUUCUCCUUCUUCAUGUUGCAGAGCGUUGUGUUUGCAGGCUCUGACUUACCUUCUGCCGGUUACUUGUUUUUGCAGAAGCAAUGAAUAGAUUAUUUUCUUGUGACAUGUGUAUUUGUAUACAUGCUGUAUAAGGAUAAAACAUAUAUAUGAGUAACAAUUAUCGCUGUUUGAAUUAUCCAUAUGCGACAAAAAAAAACAUUCAUUAUAAAUGUUUAUUUAUUUUUGAUGUGAUACAAAAUAAUAAAGACUCAAAAGGGUGAAGAUGACGAUAAAAUAUGCCAAAGUAAA